CCUCGGGCAGAAUUUUUCAUUAGUAGAAACUGAACCAUAAAAAAUGGCGCGAUAUCAGAGGAGGCAGGUUCAGUGAAAAUUCAAUUGUGGGCUAAUCGUUUUUUUUUCGCACUUUUACCGAAUGAAGUCGCGAAAAAAAUGGUUUAAUAAAUACCGUUGCAUUGAGAGGGCAGCAAGUCAGUUUGAAGUGCGUCAAAGUUCAGAAUGAAGGCGGUUUCGAUUCUAGUGGUGGUGUUCGGUAUGGCAGUGUCGCUGGUUUUAGGACAAGAGCCCGACUAUUCGUACGGUCCCAACGGUGAGUCUGAGUGGGGUAACAUGUACCCGGAGUGCAAUGGAACUAUGCAGAGUCCCAUACCGUUGUCGGCAAUGACGGCCCGCCCGGGUUUCGAGACGCAGCCACUGGAGAUAACCAACUAUCAGCUGGAUCCCACUCAGGUUAUUGUCAACAACGAUGGAAAGUUGGCCAUUUACCGCUUUGAGUUUCCUGGUGGUGAAAAUGUAACCAUCCGUGGAGGCCCUCUACAGGGAAUAUUCCAGUUCGACAGUCUACACUUCCACUGGGGUGCAGCAUCUGAUCGCGGAUCGGAACACGUGAUCGAUUCCAUGACGGGUAGGAAGCGGUUCGCCAUGGAAAUGCAUUUAGUAUUCUUCAAUCAAAUAUAUGGAUCUUUCCAAGAAGCUGCUCCGUCGGAGAACGGCCUUGCCGUUUUGGGAAUUUUCUUCACCAACAGCACCCAGGAGCCGGAUUAUGGAUGGAUUCCCGCGUUGAACGAAGUACGAACGGCAGGAACGCAAUACACCCUUCCAGAUCCGUCGGUAUUCAACAUCAAAGGGCUGAUCGGAGCUCGUAGAAGACCAUACUUCUCCUACCAUGGAAGCCUGACCACUCCCGUUUGCUACGAGACGGUGAGCUGGUUGGUACAAAGAAAGCCACUGCAAAUUUCUGAGGCCCAGUUGGACACGUUCCGAUCGUUGCGGGAUUCGGAUGGAGAACCUCUGGUAGACAAUUUCCGAUCGUUGCAACCUGUGAAUGAUCGACCGAUUUUCUUGUAUCGAUGAAUUGCCAGUAAUAUUUUUUGAUGGAAAACUGAUAGCAUUUUAAUGGCCUUACUCUUCAUAUAUGUAAAAUUGAAUAAACAAAAUCAAUGUACGUAA